AUGAGGGUGCUCGUGCUAGCCUUGGCUGUGGCCCUAGCGGUUGGUUCCCCGGCUAAGUUUGCUCCAGAAUUUGCUGUGGGAAAGACCUACACAUACAAGUAUGAAGCAUUUCUGGUGGGUGGACUUCCCGAGGAGGGCCUGGCUCGGGCCGGCUUAAAAAUCAGGAGCAAAGUUCUGAUCAGUGCAUUGGCUGCCGACACCUUGAUGCUGAAGCUCGUAGAACCUGAACUCUUUGAGUACAGCGGCAUCUGGCCCAAAGACGGUUUCACCCCGGCCGCGAAGCUCACCUCAGCCCUGCAAGCUCAGCUGUUGACGCCAAUCAAGUUUGAGUACGCUAACGGCGUUGUAGGCAAAGUGUACGCACCGGCGGGCGUCUCUGCUUCUGUACUGAAUAUCGUCAGGGGACUCAUCAACAUCUUCCAGAUCAACAUCAAGAAGACGGUGAACGUCUACGAGCUUCAAGAGGCUGGCAUAAAGGGUGUGUGCAAGACCCACUAUGUGAUCAGUGAGGACACACAGGCAGACCGCAUCUUUGUGACCAAGACUAAGGACCUGGACCACUGCCAGGAGAGAAUCAUCAAGGAUAUCGGCUUGGUUUACGCAGAGAGAUGUGUUGAGUGUCAGGCGCGAGGAAAAAGUCUGAAGGGAACAGUUGCCUUUGACUACGUCAUGAAACCAGCAGCCACAGGUGCUCUGAUCUUGGAGGCGUCCUCCACACAGGUCACACAGUUCUCUCCCAUCAACAUCCUGAAUGGUGCUGCCCAGAUGGAGGCUAGGCAACGGUUGACCUUCCUGGAGAUGGCAAACGCUCCUGUGGAGCCUGUCAGAGCUGAAUACCUCCACCGUGGAUCCCUGAAGUACGAGUUUGGCAGUGAGCUGCUCCAGACACCUAUCCAGCUUCUGAGGAUCAGCAAUGCCGAGACUCAGAUUGUGGAGGUCCUGAACCACCUGGUGUCCAAUAAUGUGGCCAAAACCCAUGAAGACGCACCUCUGAAGUACAUUGAGCUCAUCCAGCUUUUGCGUGUGGCCAGAUAUGAGACUAUCAAGGCCAUCUGGUCACAGUUCAAAACCCGUCCAGAUCAUAGAUACUGGAUUUUACAAACUAUCUCUGCCGUUGGCUCUCAUAUUGCAAUAAAGUUCCUCAAGGAACAAUUCCUUGCUGGUGAUCUUACCCUCCCUGAAGCAGGCCAGCUGGCAGUGACGUCUGUACACAUGGGGACUGCAGACUUGGAGGCCAUCAGGCUCCUACGGGAUCUGAUGCCGGAGCAAAAGAUCCGGGAACACCUACUUCUGAAAGAGACUGUUGCACUUGGCUACGGAACUCUGGUUGCUAAAUACUGCAUGGAUAACCCAACUUGCCCAGCUGACCUCAUCAGGCCCAUUCAGGAUAUGCUGGUCCAAGCUGUUGCCAAGGGAGACCGUAACGAAAUCAUUGUGGCUCUCAAAGUUCUGGGUAACGCUGGACAUCCUAAUAGUCUAAAGCCAAUCUUGAAGAUCCUGCCUAGCUUUGGUGGUACUGCUGCUAACCUGCCACUGCAAGUUCACAUCGAGGGGGUUCUGGCUCUGAGGAACAUUGCCAAGAGAGAGCCCAAAAUGAUCCAGGAAAUCGCCAUUCAACUGUUUAUGGAUAGAGCCCUUCACCCGGAGCUUCGUAUGGUUGCUGCCAUUGUGCUGUUUGAGACCAAACUGCCCCUGGGUCUGGUGACAACCCUUGCCGAUGCAAUCUUGAAAGAAAAAAAUCUUCAGGUUAUCAGCUUGGUCUACUCUUACAUGAAGGCAAUGACGAGGAACACCUCUCCUGAUUUUGUGUCUGUUGCUGCAGCAUGUAAUGUUGCUGUGAAGAUCCUCAGCCCCAAACUGGACAGACUGAGCUACCGCUUCAGCCGAGCUCUCCUCAUUGAUCGCUAUUACAGUCCUUGGAUGGUCGGGGCUGCCGCUAGUGCCUUCUACGUGAACGAUGCUGCAACUCUUUUCCCAAGAACUAUCGUGGCCAAGGCUCGCAGCUACAUGGCAGGAGUUUAUGCUGAUGUCAUUGAGGUCGGAGUGAGAACUGAGGGAAUCCAGGAAGCCCUUCUGAAAAUCCAGGAUGUGCCUGCCGAUGCAGAAAGGAUCACCAAGAUGAAAAGAGUUCUCAAAGCUCUCUCUGAGUGGAGAGCCCAACCUUCCAGCCAGCCCCUCGCCUCAGCGUACAUGAAAUUGUUCGGACAGGAGAUCGCCUUUGCCAAUAUCGACAAAGCCAUGGUUGAUUACAUUACAGAGUUUGCCAAUGGACCAGCAGUCCAGGCUUACGGAAAGAAGGCUUUGGAUGGGGUUCUGUCUGGUAUUAAACUGAACCUGGCUCAGCCACUGCUGCUUGCCGAGGUUCGUCGCAUCCUGCCCACCACUGUCGGUCUGCCUUUGGAGCUUAGUUUCUACACCGCUUCUGUGAUUACAACAGCCAUUGAACUCCAAGCCACAGUGACACCACCACUUCCUGACAAAUUCCAUGCUUCCCAGCUCCUCAAAUCUGACAUCAGCAUGAAGGCUGCAUUCAUUCCGAGUGUUUCCAUGCAUACCUACGCAGUGAUGGGUGUGAAUACUGCGCUGAUCCAGGCUGCCGUGGUCUCAAGAGCCAGAGUCAACACAAUUGCCCCAGCAAGGAUCGAAGCAAGAAUGGACAUGAUUAAGGGCAACUUCAAGUUGGAGUUCCUGCCUGUUCAAGGCAUCAAUAAGAUUGCAUCUGUACUUGUUGAUACCUAUGCUGUUGCGAGAAAUGUGGAAGAUCUUGCCGCCGCAAAGAUAACACCUUUGAUUCCAGCUGAGCUUACAUCCCCAGUGUCAAGGAAAAGCUCUUCCAGAAUGGCCUCAACUCUCACUAAAAGCGAAGUAAGCUUGUCCAGUGUGUUGUUUACCUUUCUGCAAAGUAACAACCUUUCCUCUGCGCUGGCGUUACAGUCUGUAUCAUCUGAGAUCAUCUUUGGGGAUGUACCAAGCAAAAUGAACAAGUUAAUCAGGGUCAUUGAGAAGAAGUUCUGUGGAGAGAGCGAAACCUUUGGAAUCAAGGCAUGCACAGAGAUGAAGUCUCGCAGUGCUGCCUUCAUCCGAGACGUUCCACUCUACGCUGUCCUCGGCAAACAUGCAGCUUUGCUUGAGGUUCGACCAGCAGCUGGACCUGCCGUUGAGAAAAUAGAAAUUGAGAUUCAGAUUGGAGAAAAAGCAGCAGAAAAGAUCAUCAAAGUCAUUGACAUGAAUCAAGAGGAGGAAAUUCUCGAGGACAAGAAUGUUUUGAUGAAACUGAAGAAAAUCCUGAUUCCUGGUUCAAAUAGCAGCUCCUCCAGCUCGAAAAGCUCUCGUUCUGUCAGCUCCAGCUCCAGUUCCAGUUCGAAACGUACCUCAAGCUCUUCUGUCUCAUCUUCGAGCUCCUCUCGCAGAAAGAGCAAGAUGGUUGACGCUGUUGCCCCCAUCACCAAGAAAUCCAAGAGAAGUUCCUCGAGCAGCCAUUCGAGCAAGUCCUCCAGUAGCUCCUCCAGCAGCUCCUCCCGCAGUCAUGUGUAUUCCAGAUCUAGCUCCAAGUCCAGCUCAAGGCAAAAACUCUAUGAGAUGAAGUUCACCAAGAACCACAUCCACAAGCAUGCACCGUCUGUAGCUCAAACCGAUAGUCACAGCAGUGCCCAAAGCUUUGAGACCAUCUACAAGAAUGCUAAGUAUCUUGCUAAUGUUGUCAACCCAUCCGUGACCAUUCUGAUCCGAGCUGUGAGAGCAGACCACAAGGUACAAGGAUACCAGAUUUCAGCUUACUUUGACAAGGCCACUUCCAGACUGCAGGUAAUUUUAGCCAACCUGGCCGAGAAGAACAACUGGAGGAUCUGUGCCGAUGGCGUGAUGCUGAGCGACCACAAGCUGAUGGCCAAGAUUGCAUGGGGCAUUGACUGUAAACAAUAUCAGACUGAGAUCACAGCUGAAACUGGUGUUGUGGCACAAGAGCCAGCCUUCCGCUUGAAGGUGACCUGGGACAAACUUCCGAGCUACAUGAAGUCCUACGCAAAGUGGUUGUCCGAGUACAUGUUUAGAAUCGCUCAGGAGUCUGGAAUUGGCUUGGCAAAGGCCAAGAAUCCUCGUAACGAGAUCAAACUGACAGUGGCUGUUUCUACAGAGCAAAGCUUGAAUGUCACCCUGAAGACACCAACGAGGACCAUCUACAAACAAGACAUGCUUCUCCCUAUUUCGUUGCCAUUCGGAGACACUGCCUCAGAGCUGCAGGCAUACAAGAACAACUGGGUGGACACCAUCUCCUACAUGGUUACCAAGGCUCACGCAGCGGAGUGCAAGCUGGUCAAAGACAAAGUGACCACAUUCAACAACAGGACGUUCACGGCCGAGAUGCCGCACUCUUGCCAGCAGGUUUUGGCUCAGGAUUCCUCAGAAGAACAUAAAUUCCUUAUUUUGCUGAAGAGAGACCAAACACACGAACGAUACUUUGUCACCGUGAAGAUUGCUGAUAUUGAAGUUGAACUGUAUCAGAAGGCCGGCGUUGCCAUGGUGAAGGUCAAUGGCGUCGAAGUCCCUCGCAGUAAUCUGCCGUACGAGCAUCCCACAGCCAAGAUUCAGAUCAAACAGAAGAAAGAGGGCAUCGCUCUCCUUGCUCCCAGACACGGUCUUCAGGAAGUCUACUAUGACGUCGAAAUUGUGAAGGUUAAAGUUGUGGACUGGAUGAGGGGAAAGACCAGUGGAAUCUGCGGAAGAGCCGAUGGGGAGAGCAAGCAAGAAUAUCGCACACCCUCUGGACGGGUGACCAAGAACGCAGUCAGCUUCGCUCAUUCCUGGGUUCUACCUGCCAAGAGCUGCCGGGAAAACACAGAGUGUUACAUGAAACUUGAGUCUGUGAAGCUAGAGAAGCAAGCGAUAGUCCACGGCCAGGAGUCCAAAUGCUUUUCGGUUGAGCCCGUGCUGCGCUGUCUGCCUGGAUGCAUGCCGCUGAGAACCACCAACCUCUCUGUUGGCUACCACUGCCUGCCCACUGAAUCCCGCCUGAGUAGAUCUGAGGGUCUGGGCAACAUCUUCGAGAAGAGCAUCGACCUGAGGGAAACCGCUGAGGCCCACCUGGCCUGUCGCUGCACUCCUCAGUGUGCUUAAACCUUCAAUCCAUUGAUGUUUAUUUCCAUUCAUGCAACUAUUUACCAUCGCAAUAAAGUAUACAC